GUAUAGUAAGAGUGAGAUGUGCAGGAUCGCACCUCUCUCUAGCAGAUGAGACAAAACCGUGGAUCUAUCUCCUCCUCCCAUCUUUUCUUUUCCUCCGUCUCUCUAUAACAGCCUCAACAAUUCCUCUUCUUCUCCUCCGCAACUACACCACCACCACCACCACCACAGCAAAUCCUCUCCAAUUCUCCUUACCAACUGGAGAUCUACCGAUUCCUUUCACCUCAUAAGUUUUUACACCUCUGGUACGGAUUUGUUUUCUGAUCCAUUAGUUUCUUUUUAGAAUCUUGUGUUAUUUCUGUGGAGGAGGUAUAAGAUGUCUUUUCAGCGGUCAGAUCCGACAUUCCGAAUCAAUCCGGAGCCAAUCGAUCACUUCGAUAGGUUACCGGACUCCGUUUUACUCCUCGUCUUCAACAAGAUCGGGGAUGUCAAGGCUCUUGGACGCUGCUGCGUUGUUUCUCAUCGAUUCCACUCCCUUGUUCCUCAGGUAGACAACGUGGUUGUGAGAGUGGAUUGUGUUAUUUCUGACGACGAUUCCUCAUCUACCUCCUCCUCAGCGGACAAGUCCCGCAACACUGCCUCGUCUGGUCCCUUCUCAUCCAUUGUCCGCCUCCUACUUGGCGGUAUUGUGAAGCCUCUGCAGGCGCUCGGACAGUUCCUUGGUCCCAAGCGUGCGAUUGUCUCCUCGAACUCUGGGUCUCCAUCUUCGUCUUUGGCGGUCGUAAGUGAGGACGACGGGGACAUGGAUCAGGGCGGGGUGACCCAUCACUCUCCCACACAGGUUUUGAAGAAUUUCAAUGAGAUUCGGUUCUUGCGCAUCGAGCUACCCAGUGGGGAAUUGGGGAUUGAUGACGGGGUUUUAUUGAAAUGGAGGGCUGAUUUUGGAUCCACCCUUGAUAAUUGCGUGAUUCUUGGUGCUGCAUCUGUCGUCAACAAUGGACCCGCCAAGAACAAUAACUCUAUUGACAAUGUGUCUGAUGGGUUGUGUGUCAACAGCAAUGGAGUUAAUGGUGCCCCAGCUGACGAUUACGGAAGCAUACCAGAGUCGUUCUACACCAAUGGUGGCCUGAAACUGCGGGUGGUUUGGACGAUAAGCUCGUUGAUAGCUGCCUCCGCCAGGCAUUAUCUGUUGCAGCCCAUAAUUUCUGAGCAUAAGACGCUUGAUAGCUUGGUUUUGACAGACGCUGAUGGGCAAGGAGUUCUGUGCAUGAAUAGGGAGCAACUUGAGGAAUUGAGGGUCAAACCCCUGUCCGCUUCUUCUGCUUCAAAGAGGACACUAGUGCCUGCUCUGAACAUGCGGCUUUGGUAUGCGCCACACUUGGAAUUGCCUGAUGGGACUGUGUUGAAAGGAGCUACUUUGGUUGCCAUUAGUCCUAGUGAGCAAUCCGUGGCAAAGAAAGAAGUAUCUGAUGGGUCUUGGGUAUCUACUGCAUUUGAAGAGCCCUAUGGGACUGCGGCAAAGAUGCUGGUGAAGAGAAGGACUUACUGUUUGGAGAUGAACUCAUUUUGAAUGAGAGUUACGAGGAGAGAAGUGAUAGCUCGACCGCUCGAGGGAAGAGGAUAUGCAUGCGUUUUCAAAGCGGAGAUUGGGAGGCCAAUUUUGUAAAAUGCAGACUGAACCUAGUGCAGUGCCUUAUGAAGCUGAAUGAUGCUCUGGACUGCCCCCAAAGCAACCAUCCUUAGUAUACUAGCCAAAGCUUUUACCUUUUGUACUUUGAAACUGCAUCUGCUGCUUGUUUUAAUUGAGGCAUAUGCUUAAGUGCACAAAUUGCAACUAGAUUGAUGUUACAAGAGCUUUCAGACAGAAUGUAGUCCUUUACUUUUAAUUGUUACUUGGUUACGUAUGUAUAUUGUAGGUAUGAAUAUGUUGAGCUUGUGUUAUACUUAUACUUCUGAAAAGUUGUAAUGAAGUUUACAUUAACCUUCAGAUAUUUUCUUUUGUCA